AUGAAUCGGAUACCACCUUCCGAGGGGCCUAUUGCGCCGCCUCCGCAUGGCGUGUACGAAAAUGCAUGGUCUCGCGCGCCAUAUCCACCCGCAUUUGACAGUCACCCCGGCCAUGCGCCAGACCGUCGCCCUUCCAGCGGCCAGAAUAUGCUGCCUGGCCCAGGAUAUCCUCAUGCACCUUUGAAUCGAGAGCUCCCUCAGUUACCCCCCGAUGGACCCUACCGAUCCAACCCCCCGCCGCAUGUGGGCUUUCGACCCUCCAUGAACGGGGCGCCCCAUGAAUCACCACCACAUUCAGCACCACCCGAUUACCGGUCCCGCAUGAGCUUCCAGUCCGAGGCAUCUGGUCCCAGCGAGGCCACUCCAACGUCUGGACCGCCCCCAUCAUCCUAUAUGCCUCCCGGCCCACCUGCUCCCUCGGGAACGCCGGUCUCAUAUGAGGCUGGAUAUUACUCGAAUCCAGCCUUUGGCGCCCGACAGCGCAAGGCCGCUCGUGCUCAACAGGCUUGUGAUCAGUGUCGAUCACGAAAGGCAAAAUGUGACGAAGGAAGACCGGCUUGCAGUCAUUGCAAAGAGAACAGCUUGGUUUGCGUGUAUAAAGAGGUCCCUCCGCAUAAGCAAGAAAAGAGCGCGCAACUGGUGAUGGACCGCAUUUUGGAGCUCGAGGACAAGAUGAUCGAACGAUUCGAAAGCCUGAGCAAGAUCUGGCAAACACAUGAGACAGCCCUCAAGGAGCAACUAAAGCAACGUCAAAUGCUUUCCGAAAUCAUGACCGCGAUUGGAGGCAUUGGCGCCACGCGCUUUUCUCUGGCGUCGGCGCAGCACGUGGCAGCUCUUCCAGCACCACACGUGCCCGUUAUGACCAACGGGGGACCGACACAGGAGACACUAAUGAAGCUGGAGCCAACCUCCACUGAGGCGGUUGAUGAAGUGCCGACCUCAUCCUCGUUCUACUCACAAGGGAGCCUUGAUACCGUACAGCCUCAGCUUGACACUUCCAACUUUGAAGACCAGGUUGAGAACGACAAUGAAGGAGAAUUGUCCAUCCCCGUGGAGCAUACCACAGCAGCCCACAAGCUUCUGAUGUGGCCAACCAUUAAGCGCUUGCUCAAUGCGGACUAUGACGAGGACUACGUGAUGCGAUUGGAGGAACAGCGGGGUCUGAUCAGUGUGUACGGACAAGGAGAAAUCUCAUACACCGCAGAUGACACAGCAUUGCCCACGCCACCGCUACCGGAUGACGAUGGGGGCUAUAGUGAGAAGUUCUCAAAUCCCGAUGGAACCUCCAAGAUCAUGGGCUCCGACUCAUACACGGACGUGGACGCGGAAAUUGAUCGGACCGGAUUGCUGAGACUCGACGGGCAAACGGCUCACCGGUAUCUUCAAAGCUAUCUCAAUCGGAUGCACAAGUUGCAUCCAUUCCUCUGGCAAGAGGAACUGGAGAUGAAGGUGGACGCCUUUAUUCGUUGUUAUUGCCCGCGAACCCCCUCGCCGCCCUCCGACCCCAAUAAUCUAUGCCGCGACAAGAAGCGGAAACGCUCGUAUGACGAUCUGCAAGGAGCGCGAGGCACCUCGGCCGAUCCAAGCUCAGCAUCCGCACGGCCUAGGGUAGGACAAAACAUCGACAAUGCCGUGAUUCUGCUGGUCUUGGCCAUCGGCGCAAUUUGCGAGCACAAGUCUCCUCUCCCAGGACCGAUCAUGGAUCGGCAGGCUGUGGACUAUCGCCAGCAACCCAUCCCUGCUCCGCUCGGACCAUUACCUGCUCGAGCCUCUAUGCCCAACAUCAACGGUCCGCCACAUAUGGUGAACGGUGUCUUGUCCCCGCCCAACUCUGAUUCCAUUGUUCCUCGCAAUUCUGCGUACGCGCCGCACUUUCAAGACACCCACAGCUAUCUUGGAGGGCCGGAGCAAAAGCAAAACCUGUCUCGACGAACCAUCUCCGCCAUCAAGAGUGAGUACGGUCACGUGAAAAACCUCGAAGUGAUCCCUGGAUUGGCCCUGUAUGGUUAUGCCACGACGAUACUGGGGUUGCUCCAAGGAGGUGUUGAGCUGCCACAUGUUCAAGCUGGGCUGCUUGCAGGUCUAUAUGCUGGUCAGCUGGCUCAUCCAUUCCAGAGCCACGGCUGGAUCUGCCAGGCGGCCCGAGCCUGCCAAGUCCUGGUGCGUCAGAAGCGGUAUGAGCGGUUGCCAGAGGGCCGCACUCAAGAUCUCUUCAACUUUGCCUAUUGGACAUGUCUGCAGCUGGAGAGUGAUCUUCUCGCCGAGCUCGAUAUCCCGGCGAGUGGGAUCUCUCGCUCAGAAGGUCGGAUCAAUCUGCCCAAAGGUCGCUUCACGAUUGACAUCCCAGACGACUUGGAGGCACCGAGCACUCGCAUGAUGCUUUUCUACUCGGCUCAGAUCCACCUCCGAAAGGUGCUCAACCGUGUUCAUACCGACCUCUACAAGGUGGAUAAGCAAGGAGAAUCUGGUCGGUGGUCAUCUAGUGUCCAGGAAACUCUCAGUAUGAAUCUGGAACUUUGGCGGAACAGUCUACCAGUUACUAUGAACUGGAAGGACACCGAUCCACCCGCCACUGAUAUCAACGCCGCUCGUAUGCGUGCCAAAUACUACGGCGCCCGCUACAUUAUCCACCGCCCGUUGCUGUACCAUGUUCUGCACUAUGGACAGAAUGGCGCCCGGAUCAGCGCGCUGCCCAAAUCUAUGCCUGCUGUUGAAUCACCCAAAGCAUCUGCGUCGAGUUCACAGGCCCAGCAGAAUUCACCAAUACUGAAUCAAUCAUCCGGUCGAGCGGGAAGUGCCAACAUGCAGCGUAUGCACAGCGAUAUUGGUUCAGCGCCUGGCGGUAGUUUUUCGUGCUCUUCCUCCAAUAAUUGGGUCCCGCCCAAUGUUGGACAUGUACGCGAACUACUUGGCAAGAUGCGACGUGCAUGCAGUGUUUGCAUCGACUCAGCCAUUCUCAGUACCACUGCCUUCGACGGGGUUGAGGAUCGGCUGGUUGUGACGAACAUUUUCGGCACAGCUCACGCUCAAUUCGGCAACAUGCUUGUUCUCUCUGCGACAUACACCUCUGCCCUCUCCGACCUUGUUGACCGCGCUACCCUUGAGCGUCUUCUCAAGCGUACGAUCAAAUUUCUUCUCCGCAGUCAACAUAUUUCGCCCACUUUACGUGCCGAUGCUCGAAUUUUGACCGAAAUUUAUACCAAGAUCUUCCACCAUGAGCCGGACCUUACUACCCAGUAA